AUUCCAUACUUUGACUAUUCCCACUCUGUCCCUCUCCUCCAUUUUUCUCUCUCGCCGACCAACUGAAAAUUCCCAAAUCAAAUUCAAAUCACAGACUGCUUUAUAUCUGCUAAUUACUUAACCUAAAAUCACAGCACAGUUUACGAGUUCAAGAAUUAUGGACAAAUUGAAGCUAUCUCAAUGGGGCGAGAGGUUGAAGAUAGGUGGAACUCAAAUGAGCCGAAUGGUAAGCGAUAAGGUGAAGGAUUUACUGCAAACUCCGACGCCGGAGUCGAAGAUCGUCGACGAGGCGACGUCGGAGAUGUUGGAGGAGCCGAAUUGGGGUAUGAAUCUGAGGAUUUGUGCAAUGAUAAAUAGCGAAGAGUAUAACGGGACGGAGAUUGUUAGGGCUAUUAAGCGAAAGAUUUCGGGGAAAAACUCGGCUAGCUUAAGGUUGAGUCUGGAAUUGUUGGAGACGUGUAGUAUGAAUUGUGAGAAAGUGUUUUCUGAAGUGGCGUCUGAGAAGGUGUUGGAUGAGAUGGUUAAGAUGAUUGAGAAUCCGGAAGUUGAUGAUGGGAUUAGAGAUAGGGGUUUGCAGUUGAUUAGAGGUUGGGGUCAGUCUCAGGAUCUUGAGUAUUUGCCCGUUUUUCGACAGACUUAUAUGAGUUUGGAAGGCCGAAGUCUGCCUCGAUCAGUAGAAGAUGGGGAUUCACCUCCCAUGCAACAUACUCUGGAGUCAUUUAUUCAUCAGCAACCAAUGCCUCCUCCAGGAAGUUAUCCUAUUCCUGAAACAGAUUUUGAUGUUGAAAACCAUACUACUUUGGGAUAUAAUCAGGGGAUCGAAUCAGUUGAAGAAAAGAAUGAAUGUCUUGUGACUACCCGUAACAGCCUUGAACUUCUUUCUAGCAUUUUGAAUGCUGACACUGAACCAAAACCCAUUAAAGAGGAUCUGACAGUGAGCUUAUUCGAGAAAUGCAAGAAUUCCCAGCCUAUGAUACAGAGGAUAAUACAAAGCACUACAGAUGACGAGGCAAUGUUAUUUGAGGCACUCAAUAUCAAUGAUGAGCUUCAACAGGUUAUCUCUCGAUAUGAGGAGCUAGAAGCGGGUCCAAAAUCUGGAGACCAGCUCCCUGUGAGUUAUGAUAACACCAAGGAGUCGGAAGCUGGUCUAAAAUUUGGAGAACAGCUUCCUGAGAGUUCCGAUAGCACCAGGGAGCUGGAAGCAGGUCUAAAAUCUAAAGAGGAGCUCCCUGAGAGCUCUGAUAACACCAGGGAGCUGGAAGCUGGUCUAAAAUCCGAAAAGCAACUUCCUGAGAGUUCUGAUAACACCAAGGAUAAUUUGCCUGUGCAGGUCGAACAUAGCAGUGACGGAAAGAAGACAUCAGAUUGACCAGAAAACGGAUAGUAGGAAUGACCUAGCAGCAAUAAGAUAAACGGUGAAUGAAAUAUCAGGAUUUGGAGGGUUAAAGAUGCAGGUUAUUUUACAUGCAUAUUAUGUAGUACUUUUCUUGAUUCCCGAGUCUGCUCGUACUGAUCCGUCUCCCUUCUUGCGAUGUAUUGAUAAAUUAAUAAUUAGGCUAUUGUAAUUAGAUUGAGUUUUUUUGUAAGAUUUUACCGUACUUCCAGUUCGCUUAUCAGCCAGUGAGUUUACUUGUAUGAAUUAUAUGUUCUAAUGGUUGAAUCAUUUUGCUUUUCUGAUA